AUGAGGGAAAUUCGAUUCAAUCUACUGCUCUUAUUUAUCGCGUUUUAUGUGCUCUUCUCACCUGCCUUCUCCGAUCUAGUUAUCUCUAAGCUCGAUCGACGCAUUGAUUUAUCAUCACAGAUAGUGCGCACCACUACAUCACUGAAGGUGGAAAAUAAUGGCAUUGACACUGUGUCAGACAUUCUGCUGCCCUUCCCUGAUCAUCAGGCAAAGAACUUGGCACAUCUGAGGGCGAUUAUUAGUGAAGGAAAAGGAAAAACAAAAGGUUCUUCUGGUAGCCUUCCUAUCAGACUUGUCAAUCCUGAAGGAAUGCCCCCAGCAUUGUCUUGGUAUGCUAUCUCUCUACCCAAGGAAUUGGGAAAAGGAGAAAGUAUCAGUUUGGAUGUCAAGGCAGUAUUUACUCACAUAUUGAGACCCUUCCCUGAAAAGAUAACUCAAGCUGACAUUCAGCUUCUCGCCUUCCAGGAUGGUGCAUAUUAUCUAUCUCCUUAUAUAGUCAAGGUUCAGACACUCACGGUUAAACUACCUGAGCCAAAAGUUGAAUCUUAUACUAAACUAGAGAAUACCAAGUUCUCUGGUUCAGAGAUUAAAUAUGGUCCCUACGAGAAUGUUCCUUCUUUCUCAUAUACUCCUAUUGUAGUCCACUUUGUGAACAAUAAGCCAUUUACUGUUGCUCAAGAGUUGGUCCGAGAAAUAGAAAUUUCCCAUUGGGGGAAUGUGCAGGUGACAGAAAAUUAUAACAUUUAUCAUGCAGGAGCACUAAUUACUGGAGAGUUCUCUAGGCUAGACUAUCAAGCUCGGCCCCAUGUUAGAGGUGCAUCAGCAUUCAAGAAUCUUGUUGCUAAAUUGCCACCAAGAGCUCAUUCGAUUUAUUAUAGGGAUGAAAUCGGAAAUAUUUCAACUUCUAAUUUAUGGGGAGAUUCAGCAAAGACAUUGCUGGAAAUAGAACCUCGGUAUCCAAUGUUUGGUGGAUGGAGAACUUCCUUUACCAUUGGAUAUGGUUUGCCACUUCAAGAUUUCUUGUUUCUGUCACAAGGAAAACGUUUUCUUAAUAUAUCCUUUGGUUGCCCAAUGGAGGAGGUGGUCAUUGAAAAUCUAAUUGUGAAGGUUGUUUUGCCAGAGGGGUCUAAGGAUAUUUCCGUUUCUGUUCCAUUUCCUGUCAACCAGUCAGAAGAGACAAAAAUUUCCCAUUUGGAUAUGGUUGGUCGACCAGUAAUUGUAUUGGAAAAGACAAACGCUGUGCCUGAGCAUAAUCAAUACUUUCAGGUCUAUUACAAGUUCAACAGCCUUUCUUUGCUUAUGGAGCCAUUGAUGUUGAUUUCUGGAUUUUUCUUUUUCUUUGUUGCAUGCAUAGUUUAUAUGCAUGCAGACUUGACAAUUUCAAAAUCCUCUGCUUCUUAUAUGGCUAAACUGCAGUGGGAUGAGGUACAAACUGCAAUCCAGCAGUUUCAAAAUAUCAUGAACCGCUGUAUGGCAGUCCAUGACAAAAUAGAAGCAUCAUUACGAGAUCUUUCGAGGACCGGUGAUGUGCAAGCUUGCAAAGCAGCUCGUAAAGCUGCUGACAGUUCGCUUAAGGAUCUGUCCAAAGAGUUGAAACCCUUGUUGUCAUUCUUGCAAUCUUCCCCCCAAGCUGUUCAGAUUUUAUCUAAGGUGGAGGAGCUGGUUGCCAAGGAGAAGGAACUGCAAGAGAAGCUAAUGUUGAAACACUCCACGGUCGUAGAUUGUUAUGAGAAGAAAUUGGGGGGACGAGAAACUGAGAAUCGUGUUGCUUCAGUGCAGCAGAAAAUUGCACUAUUGAGGCAGGAAGUUGAUGACCUUUUCGAAAUAAUUGAUGAGAUCUAA